GGAACCUGAGGCCCUGAGAAAAAGGGGCUUGUCUGCAAAGCUACAUGAGAAUGAGGCAACUGGCAGAGCUGGCGGAACCCCGGGGUCCACCUGUGCGGCUCAGAGCUCUUUCCUCAAGAGACCUUCACUCUCGGUCUCCCCACCAAGCAAACCUCAGAGCAGGAAACCAGCUAGGCCGAGAAGACCCAGGCCUGGGGAGCUGAUCUGAGGGUCAAGUGCCUGUCCCUGCAAGAGAAAGAAGAGGAAACGACAGACCCUAAAAGAAAAGAACCCAGAUAAACAUACCUGUGGCAAUGUACAGGAUGAGAAGGAACCCACAAAGAGAAGGAGAGGGAAUGAGCAAGAGCGAGACCAGGGCAGGCAAGCGGCCCAUCCCCAUCAGCAGGGCUGCUCCUCAUGCUAGCCCCCGCAGGAAAUCUAGCAGCCCUGUGUGCCACUCCUCGGGUUUGUCAAGGUCAUGGAUUGGCACCGCAGUCCCAAAGGAGUCGGGGCUGGAGUGGGAAAAAAAAAAAUCUAUUUUCCGGAGCCGGAAACCGGAGCGCUGAGCGGGGAAAAGCUUUGGAGUUCCGGCCGACGAAGCCCGCGAGGUGGUCAGCGCGCUGCCCGCUGAGGCCCAACACACGGUCGCCGAGGCCAGGCGCGCUCUCCGGCACCGCCACCUCGGGCUCUCUCCCCUCCGAGGACCUCGGCUGUGGAUCGCAGGGUCUGCUCUCAGGCCGAAAAACAACCUGGAAAAUCUGGACAGUGGGAAGUGGGGCCGGGCCUCUGUGCUUUGGGGGUGCCUCCCCCCAGUGUCCCUUGCAACUUGGCUGCCAGGCGCGGGACUGAGAGCGCGGACUGCGCAAGCGCACUGAGGCUCUCCGCCACCUAGUGACCGCAGCGGCCCACAGAGUGGUGGAAGCAGCGCCAACCUCGCGGCGCCGUUCGACCGCUGGUUGCAUCCGAGCAGAGCCCGCCCAGCGGUGGCGGGUCCAGUCAUCCCAGUUGGCCCGACUGUGGUACAGACCUCCAUGAGCCGGUCCCAGGUUGCCCUGCUGGGCCUGGGCCUGGGCCUGCUGUUCAUGCUGCUGCUAUAUGUGGGGCUGCCAGGACCCCCUGAGCAGACCUCCUGGCUCUGGGGAGACUCCAAUGUCACGAUCCUGGCUGGUCUCACCCCUGGCAGCUCCCCCAUUUUUUACCGUGAGGUCCUCCCAUUCCACCGGGCCCACAGGGCGGAUGUGGUGCUGCUCCAUGGAAAGGCCUUUAGCUCUCGGACGUGGGAGCGGCUGGGCACACUGCAGCUGCUGGCGCAGAGAGGCUACCGGGCCGUGGCCCUUGACCUUCCAGGUUUUGGGAACUCGGCACCUUCAAAGGAGGCAAGCACAGAGGCAGGGCGGGCAGAGCUGUUGGAGCGAGUGCUGCAGGACCUACAUGUGCAGAACGCCGUGUUGGUGAGCCCUUCACUGAGUGGCCGCUAUGCCCUGCCUUUCCUGAUGCGAGGCCACCACCAGCUGCGUGGAUUUGUGCCCAUUGCACCUGCCUCCACCCAGAACUACACCCAGGAACAAUUCCAGGCUGUGAAGACCCCGACUCUCAUCCUGUAUGGGGAGCUGGACCGCACCCUGGCUCUGGAGUCACUGCGGCAGCUCCGCCAUCUGCCCAACCAUUCCACGGUGAAGUUGCGCAAUGCAGGCCACGCCUGCUACCUCCACAAGCCACAAGACUUCCACCUCGAACUUCUUGCUUUCCUUGACCAUCUACUGUGAGCUCACCCACUGUCCAGGCCCCAGGCCUGGCUGGAACUUGGAGAGUCUGGACAAGUCCGUACCAGGGCAGCAGCCCCUGUGCUUAGAGGGCAGAGGCCAGAGGGCUAGACCCAGUUGGGACCUUUCAUUUUAUCUCAGAGGCACAAUAAAAAAAAAGCAUUUUUGUCA